AUCCGGAUCCAUCGCGGUGCAGCGGGCGUAGCGGGGGGCGGCUUAUCGCGAGACGAUUCGGACUCUAUACAUCCCACACUCUGAAUCCACCACUCCGCACUUCGGUUAUCUGGUAUUCAGCGGGCAAGCGGGGAGGGGGCAACUAGUCGGUCAAGCCAGUCGGCACACAUCUAUCACGAAUCGAUCGAUACGGGCAUUGGGUUACUCGGCACAAAAAGGAAGAAUUGGACGAGUUCGAGGUUCGCCGAGGGCCGACGGUCGAGGGUUUACGAGGAGGGGGACGAGAGGGACAGAGGAGGAGAGGGAAGAUGGUGGCGGACGGUGGCAGCAGCGGUCAGAAACGGAAGACGCCGCCGCUGAUGGCGCUGACGGCGGGCGGGAUCGCCGGAGGCGUCGAGGCCGCCUGCACAUAUCCGUUCGAAUUCGCGAAGACGCGUGUGCAGCUGUACGGGCACGAGGGCGUGCGGAACCCCUUCCGGGCCGUUGCCAAGGUCGCGCGCGAAGAGGGCGUGAGGGCCCUGUACAAGGGCUGCUCGACUAUGGUCGUGGGCUCCAUCGGCAAGGACGCGGUGCGCUUUGUGGUCUUCGACCACAUCCGGUCGCUGUUCGCGCCGGACCCGACGACGGGGCGCCUCGGGACGGCGCAGUCGAUCUUCGCCGGCAUGCUGACCGGGGUCGUGGCGUCGACCGCGGUCGUCACGCCGUCGGAGCGCAUCAAGACGGCGCUCAUCGACGACGCGCGCGGCGGCGGCGGCCACGCGCGCCGGUUCCGCUCCGCCCCGCACUGCGUCGCCGUGCUCGUCCGCGAGCAGGGCCUGCGGCGCGCGCUGUACAGCGGGUACGUGACGACGACGCUCAAGCAGGUGGGCACGACGGGGUUCCGGCUGGGGUCGUACGCGGCGCUCAAGGACUGGGAGCGGGCGGCCUUGUCGUCGUCGUCGUCGUCGUCGUCGGGCGCGGCGGCGGCGCACCUCGACGUCGACGGCCCCCUGCUCAGCUUCGCCAACGGCGCGGCCGCCGGCACGCUGACGACGCUGGCCACCCAGCCCUUCGACACGAUCAAGACCAAGGCGCAGCAGGCGCGCGCCGUGCGCACCGCCGACUGCGUGCGCCAGCUGCUGGCCGAGGACGGCGUGCGCGGCCUCUGGCGCGGCACCGUCAUGCGCCUCGGCCGCACCGUCGCCGCCGGCGGCAUCCUCUUCUCCGCCAACGAGCAGGCGCUGCGGCUGCUGCGCGCUGGCCGGCGAGGCGCAGGGCGAGGUUGA